CAAUAUGGUGGCGGAGGCGGCGUUCGGGGAGCCGUGAGCCGGUGCCCGCUCCGCGCCUCCCUGCUUGGGGCGGCCGCUACUGCUGCUUUCCCCCUCCGCCCACCGGCUCUGCUCUGCCCUGCUCUGCCCUGCUCUGCCCUACCCAGCGCGUUGGCGAUGGGGCCGGCGGGCCCGGCGGGCCGUGUCUGAGCGCGCUGCCCAUGUGGGUGUCCCGGUGAGGCCGGGAGCGAGCGGGAAGAUGCUGCUGUCGUUGGUGCUGCACACAUACUCCAUGCGUUACUUCCUGCCCGCCGCCGUCAUGAUGGGCACGGCGCCCACCUACGUGCUGGCCUGGGGCGCCUGGCGCCUGCUCUCCGCCGUCCUCCCCGCCCGCUUCUACCGCGAGGUGGACGACCGUCUGUACACCAUCUACCAGAGCAUGGUGCUCUUCUUCUUCGAGAACUACGCGGGCGUGCAGGUAAUAAUCUAUGGGGAUUUGCCAAAAAAUAAAGAAAAUAUAAUAUAUUUAUCAAAUCAUCAGUGUACAGUUGACUGGAUUAUUGCGGACAUGUUGGCAAUUAGGCAGAAUGCACUUGGGCAUGUCCGAUAUGUUUUGAAAGAUGGAUUAAAGUGGCUUCCGUUGUACGGGUGGUAUUUUUCACAGCAUGGAGGAGUCUAUGUAAAAAGAAGUGCCAAAUUCAAUGAAAAAGAAAUGAGAGGGAAGUUGCGGGCCCAGAUGAAAGCUGAGACUCCGAUGUUUUUAGUGAUCUUUCCAGAGGGGACUCGUUACAAUCCAGAGAUACCAAAAGUCAUUGCAGACAGUCAAUCAUUUGCUGAAAAAGAAGGUCUUGCUGUAUUGAAACAUGUGCUAACACCACGUGUGAAGGCAACUCAUGUAGCAAUCGACACAAUGAAAGACUAUCUGGAUGCAGUGUAUGAUGUGACUGUGGCAUAUGAAGGUACUGUGGACCACAAAGGACAAAGGAAACUGGCACCAUCUAUGACAGAGUUUCUUUGCAAGGAAUGCCCAAGAGUUCAUAUUUUCAUUGAUCGAAUUGAACUGAAGGACAUUCCAGAAGAGCAGAUGUAUAUGAGAAGGUGGCUUCAUGAACGUUUUGAAAUAAAGGAUAAGUUACUAAUAGAGUUUUAUGAUGCAAAGGAUUCUAAAAGAAGAAACAAGUUCCCUGGAAAAAGCGUUCAUUCCAAAUUAAGCCUCAAGAAAACUUUGCCAUCUUUGCUGUUUCUAGGUGGCCUGACUGCUAGUAUGCUUCUGACAGAAUCUGGAAGGAAACUUUAUGUAAAAACGUGGAUAUAUGGGACUUUAAUUGGCUGCCUGUGGGUUAGCAUUAAACCAUAAGCAGAUGUUAGUCUCCAGUCAGUGGGAUGUGCUGUCUUUUCUUGCACAUUGCACCAAACUUUUUCCCAAAUUUAUAGUAAAAACGUGUAAAUAAAGCCUUAUCGACUGAACAUUGGAAAUAAUAGAAUUUGUGACCUAAGCCUCUGUGUGGUUGGUCUGGGGAAAAUAAAUGUAGUUUUUUCAAAUUUGCUACUCAUUUUUGCUGGAAUAAAGGCAGAUAAACUGGGUCGUAUGAUAAAUGGCUUUCCCUGUGAACUAACACCCAUCUCUAUCUGCAGAUGAAGUAUGAGUUAUGCGUAAGGGUGUCUUAAGUGGACCUGUGAAUGUAUUUACAGAGAUUAAUUUAGGUUAUAUAUUUAUUCUUCUGAUAUUCAUGUUGAAUUUUUGUUACUCCUCGGUGCAUUGCAGCAGCUCAGUUGCAUCUGACCCAGUUGUAUCGCAAGUAAAAUCAAAACCUCUUUUUCUCUGGAAUGUUGUUUUUCAGUUUUAACUAAAUGCUGUGUUCUCAGAACAGGCCUGGAAAGCUGGCAAAUCGUGAGACGCUCCCUAAAGCAGAAAGAAACGUUCAUGGGGAAGGAGCUCUGUUUAUCUAGUGCAUGAUUUUUGAUUCUAUUGCAGUAUUAGCCCAUUAUUUUACAUAUGCAAAACAUUAAACCUUACUGAGCAAACAGCUUAUUUUGCGCACCCUGUAUCUGUGCAUAAGAGGAAUGUGUGCAGCAUAAUGACGUGGUUCUUUAUCUUGUGGCCUGGCCGGGCUGUAGCCUCCCUUGUGUCUGCGUUGCCCGCAGUGCUCCGGGCCUUCAGCUGGGUUCACAGAACCACCGUGUCCACGUGCCAUAAGCAGCAGUGAGCGCUCGCAGCUCCCUGUUACCUCACCAGCGCUGGGUGUGAGCUGUGCCCUCUGGGUAGCACAGCUGGCAGACCCACGGUAGCUUCAGGAGCGUGGGUUAUGGUAGCAAGCAACCUUCAGGUGUCCCUGUGAAACACGAAGCACGUGCCUUUUCCUGCUAGUCUGACUUAGCCUGAUGUCUCAUAAGCUGGCACCCACCUCACUGUCGUAGCAUCACGUUAGAUUUCCAAGCCAUCCCAGGCGAUGCAGAUUUCAGGGGGACUGAAGUUACGGGGUUGAUGAAUACGACUUGCACAGCAGUCUAGGAGUGAAAGAAAUGGGCAUCCUUUCACCUGCCUGAAAAUGUACUUCUAAAAGCAGAAUCACCAAACCCUCACUACCAGAAAGCCUGUGAUUGCCACGGCUGGGAUUUUGGUUGGGGAAAUGCCAUUUCUUGGUAUCAAGGGAAUUGUCCAUAUGUACAGCAGCGGGGUAGGAAAGAGGAUGUAUUUUAGCUUAUUCCACUAAGGAGUCAGACUCCCUGUGUGAAAAUGAUGAAAGAACUAGAGAAUAUUUUUGUAUCACACUUGCAAGCUUUAAACGUGCACCUCUUUUUCGCUUUGGUAUGAUUUGUAUUGCAUUAAAGCCCACCGUGAAUUAAAAUCUCUCUCUUAAGAUUAUAACUCCAUUUUUCAGAUUCCACUGUUGCCAGUUAAUUGGAGAUACUGCUUCUACUGUGGAUUCUGUUUCUUGUUGGCGUUUUGUUUUGUUUGAUAGAAUGAUGACAGUUCCACCUUAAAAUCAUUCGGUACAGCUUUCAGGUUGCAGCUCUGUGUCCUCCCAUAAUGGAUUUUGUCACCGGAGUUAUUUAUAUCGGUGAUUGAUUCAGGAUAUGUUGAUGAACCGUGUUAAAAACAAUGACUGGGAACAAUGUUGAAAAACAGUAUUGUUAUGAGGCUGUGAAACCAGAAGAAAAAAAAAAAAAGCCAUUUUAUGUAACAGCCAAAUGUGCUCACAUGUAGCUCUUCCUAUGCUCCGCUGACCAUUGCCAGUGAGUGUAACCUGAAGGCAGUGUUAUCCAGUUAGUUUGAUUUGGAAUCGUGGAAUGAAAUUCUACUCUGUCAUGAUUAAAUUUCUUUGUAGCAGCUAAGAAUAACAUUUAAUUACACAUCAGAAGUAUGCGCAGACAGCUUAACUCAUCUGUAGAAAAAUAAAUGCUGUUCUGGAGAGACUAAUUACCACAAAAUACUGGACUUCUCUUACUGUUUACUUGUCAGGAAUAUAAUUGACACAGUGCAACAAGCAGGAUGUUUAUUUUGAAUGUUACUUUCUAUGUUACUCUUAGUUGUUGGUUUUUUUUCUUCCUUGCAAUUAAUUUAUAAAGUUUUGAAACUGUAAUUUGCUGAUGUAUUUGGCACUGGGAGUAUCACAUGCUAUUUCUAAAUAUGCACUGAUAUUAACUUGAAAUAUUUCUUCAUUAAAAUAAGAAGAGCUGAUGCUCAGUCAACUUU